AUGCGUCUCACCCACUACACCGCUCUCCUCUCCUCCGUCUCACUCGCCAUCGCAGUGUCCAUCCCCGAGCGCCGUGAACCGAACCUCAUCCCCAACCUCGUCUCCGGCCUUUCCUCCGACAUCGCUCCCAUCACUUCAGUCGUCGGCUCACUCCUCUCCGACGUCCUCCCCACCGCUACGGCCCUCUCCCCUUCACUGUCCGACGUCGGCGCCACCACGCCCGUCCUUUCCUCCGAUAUCGCCUCCGUAACGUCCAGCGUCGUCAACAGUAACAACAACCGCAACUUCAUCCCUCCGUUUUCGAACAGCGACUUCACAGGCGGCAUUGGGCCGUUCACUUCGGCGCUGGGGUCGAUCCUCUCGGGGGCGUUCCCUACGCAUUCUAGGCAUCACCAUUCUUCCGCGUAUGCGUCUGCUACGUCCGACACUGCGUCUUUCACUUCGGACGUAUCGACUUCUCUUCCUACCUCCACCGCCGAGUCAACCUCCACCUCUCUGACGACCUCCACGUUCUCCUCCGACACCAUCUCCGUCACUUCAGACGUCGGCUCUUUCACCUCCGACGUCCCCGCCUCCGCCACCAUUUCAGCCUCCGUCUCCCUUUUACUCUCGGACUCCGUCCCGACCAGCGAGGCAACGAUCGUCACAAUGAAUAAACGCGGGCUCAUUCCUUCCAUCCUCUCCGACGUCACCUCUGACCUUGGCCCCGUCACGUCCGCCGUGGGCGCUAUCCUGUCCGGCGUUGUCCCCACCGCUACAGGCGGCCUUUCCUCAGUCAUUGCCACCGCCACUGGCGAUAUAUCAUCCGUUGCUGGCGCCCUCUCUUCAGACGUCGCAUCCGUCACAGGCGAUGUCUCUUCUGUCCCGGAUGCGCUCUCUUCUGCCGUGGCUUCCGUUACCGCAGGAGUUGAGAAUGUGACGUCGAAUGUUGCGAGUGUUGCUUCGGGUGUUGUUUCUACGGUUAUAUAG